AUUGGCCCAAGGCCCAUACCUUUCAAAAGGCUUUGGCUGGGUCUGGAGAGCAUUCUGCGCUCGCCUGGUUCCUCCUUUCUGUUUCUGUCUCAUGGCUUGUCCUCCUGGUUGCUUAGUCUUUCUUUCUUUCUUUCCGUAGGCACUGGGUGUCUUGUCAAAGCGGUGGAGACGGCAGCCGAGCGGGAAGCCUUCAUCGUGGGCAAGCCCAGCCGCUACAUCUUUGAGUGUGUGGCGAACGAGUUCAAGAUCGACCCUGCGCGCACAAUCAUGGUUGGCGACCGCCUGGACACAGACAUCCUGAUGGGCAACAACUGCGGCCUGACCACGCUCCUGACCCUGACGGGGGUCACCACCCUGGAAGAAGUGCAAGGCCACUUAGGGAGCAACUGUCCCGAGCGGAGAAAGCUAGUCCCUGACUACUAUGUCGAUAGCAUAGCUGACCUCCUUCCUGCCCUCCAGGAUUAGGAAAAGGGAAAUGAUUCCAGAUUGUAAAGGUAUUUCCCCCUCCACCCUCAAAUGGCCUGAGGCUGGUAGUAUCACCUCUGCCUGCUGCAGUGCACACAGCUGCUCCUUGCAAGUUAAGAUGUUUUCCCGUGCGUAACUUUUAAUUCGAGUUCUCUGUUUACAAAUUCCUUUUAAGAAUGCACUUUGAAACUAAAGAGGGAAGUGUGUUGUUUCAGUCAGUUUUCAGAUGUUGUGCAAGUAUCAGAGUAUGUCUUAAGAGUGUCUGCAGUGCCAAGGAAUCAGGGUAGAGUCUUGCUCAGCCGGGCCGAAGGGCAUCUAGGGCAGGCUUCUGUUAAUACCUGGCACUGUGGCCUCUCUCUCGCUUCGUUCGUUUAGCCCAUUCUUUGGAAAUUCAGGGAAAUGCACAGUUUGAGGGCAAGCGUUCUGUUCUGGUCCUCGGAGCUUAACUUUAACCUUGGUUUUAAUGCUUUCUCAGGUCCCAGCUCUAGAUAGCCUGAUCCUGAGGCGAUGUCAGGGAAAAAGGAGUCAUGUUGUGUGUCAGGUAGUGUUGUUGUGGCCCUCUCCUCACUCUGCCAUUUGCACUUGCUCAGUAUGCAAAAUAUGGACGAUUGCAUUGCGUUUCACGUAUUUCUCUAAGAUAGUAGGUGAAUGUAUAUGUAUAAAUAUAUUGACGUAAAGAGCUUCAGAUGUCUAUUUUAAAAGUGAAAUAUAAUAUAUCGAAAACAAGUUUUAUUGGCCAGGAGG